AUGUGUGGUAUCUUUGCUUGUCACAAGCAUGAGUCCGUGGACAAAUUCAAAUCAGACGCCCUUCAAUUGGCGAAGAAAAUUAGACACCGUGGUCCAGACUGGUCUGGUAACUACACCAGAAACUCUACCAUUUUGGUACACGAAAGACUAGCAAUUGUGGGUCUAGAUUCUGGCGCUCAACCUAUCACUUCUCAGGACGGUGAUCUAUCGUUGACCGUCAACGGUGAAAUUUACAACCACAUCCAACUAAGAGAGGAACUACAGUCUUACCCUUACAAAACGCUAUCGGACUGUGAGCCUAUUCUUCCUUUGUACGAGAAGUAUGACAUUGACGCCCCUAAGCAUUUGGACGGUAUGUUUGCAUGGGCCUUGUACGAUGCCAAAAAAGACCGUAUCGUCGCUGCCAGAGAUCCUAUUGGUAUUACCACGCUAUACAUGGGCCGCAGCUCUAGCAGCCCUAAAACCGUAUACUUUGCGUCGGAACUUAAGUCGCUAACCGACAACUGCGACCAAAUCACCGCUUUCCCUCCUGGUCACGUGUACGACUCUAUCACUGAUAAGUUUACUCGCUACUACAACCCUAACUGGUUGCAAGAAGGCCACACUCCUUCGGAACCUCUAGACCUACUCAAGAUCCGUCAUUCUCUAGAAAAAGCCGUGAGAAAGAGACUCAUGGCCGAGGUGCCAUACGGUGUGUUGUUGUCCGGUGGUUUGGACUCUUCUUUGAUCGCUUCUAUUGCCGCUAGAGAAACUGAAAAGGCCAACACUGCCUUGAACGCUUCCGAAUACGACUCUGAGAGCAAACAUUUGGCUGGUGUCGACGAUGCCGGAAACCUACACAGCGCCGGAUGGUCGCGUCUGCACUCCUUCGCUAUUGGGUUGCCAAACGCUCCAGAUUUGCAAGCCGCUCGCAAAGUGGCCAAAUACAUUGGCUGCAUUCACCAUGAACACACUUUCACUUUGCAAGAAGGAUUGGAUGCUUUGGACGACGUAAUCUACCAUUUGGAAACCUACGACGUUACCACUAUCAGAGCAUCUACUCCUAUGUUCCUACUUUCCAGAAAAAUCAAGGCCCAGGGUGUCAAGAUGGUGUUGUCUGGUGAAGGUUCUGACGAAAUUUUCGGUGGAUACCUGUACUUUGCGCAAGCUCCUUCUGCUACUGAAUUCCAUUCCGAAUGUGUGCAACGUGUGAAAAACCUACAUUUUGCCGACUGUUUGAGAGCCAACAAGUCAACUAUGGCUUGGGGUUUGGAAGCCCGUGUACCAUUUUUGGACAAGGAAUUUUUGGAUGUUUGCAUGAACAUUGACCCAGAAGAGAAGAUGAUCAAGCCUUCUGAGGGCCGUAUCGAGAAAUACAUCUUGAGAAAGGCUUUCGACACUUCUGAUGAGCCAGACGUGAAACCAUACUUGCCAGAAGAGAUUCUUUGGAGACAAAAGGAACAGUUCUCUGACGGUGUGGGCUACUCUUGGAUCGACGGUUUGAAAGAUACCGCGGAGGAGACCAUUUCAGACGAGCAAUUCAAGCAACCCAAGGCCGAAUGGGGCGAUGACAUUCCUACCACCAAGGAGGCCUACUGGUACAGACUCAAAUUCGAUGCGCUUUUCCCCAAGGCUGCUGCUACGACCGUCAUGAGAUGGAUUCCAAAGGCCGAUUGGGGCUGUGCUGAGGAUCCAUCCGGAAGAUUUGCCAAGAUUCACGACCAACACGUCGAAAAGUAA